ACAUUAUGGUUCUCGCAGCGAUCUGAACGAUCAUAGCUGUUAUGUGGAACGCCCAACAGGGUAUUUCAGGCGCCGUGAACGAUUAGUGGAGCACCGAAUGUUAUAUUUUAUACAUUGAAUUAUAGCCACAGAUAAUACUAUACUUAGGGAAUGUUCUGUGGUUACAGCAUAUAUCUUUGAAUAUUUUUUCAUUUUAGUUUAUCUAUGGCAUACAUACAGGAACAUAGAAAUAAAUAUUAAACCUAAAAUUUGAAAUUUUUCUUAGGAAUUAAAGAAUAAUGAGUUUUAGUGAGAUAUGAUAAUGAAAUAAGUUGAAGAAAAUAAAAUGAAUUGUAUAAUUCCAGGUCCGAAUUUGAAAAUAUUUGCAAAAGCACUUCAAGCUCUGGCAAAGAUUGGAGAUGAUUUAUAUGUUGAAGCAUCUAAAGAGCAUGUUAGUCUUAUAACAUUAAAUUUAAGAAAAACUGUAUGUGUUCAUUUUAAUUUGUUAGAUAUUUUCUUUUCAACUUACGAAGUAGAUAUAACUCAAAUUGCUGAUAAGUCCCAAGGUGUAUCUUGUAAAAUUCAUAUGAAAACUCUACUUCCUUUGUUUAGAGGAACCAAUCUGGAAAAAAAGCUGGAUUAUGUAAAAGUAGAAUAUGAUAAUAAUAGUGAUUUUAUAGUAUUUAAAAUGAAAUAUAAAUAUGAUGAUAUUUUAAUGACUCACCAACUACAUUUGAUAGAACCCGAAUUGCUAACAAUCGAUAUUUCUCCGGAUUCUGGUUGUAAUAAUGUAGUAACAACCAGCACAUUCUUCAAUCAACUUCUAAAUAUGUUUAGUAAUUCAGAUGAUGAGAUUUUAUUUGAAAUUACUAAAGAAAAAGCUGUGAUAAGAAAUUAUUAUGUAGGUGCACCUGUGAGAUCAAAAUCAGUGAGAAGUCAAGUUAGUCCAAAUGGAUCUGAAUUUAGUGUAUUCAGAAUAAAUCUAGAAACUACUAUUAAUUUCUCUUUAAAACCAUUUCGUACUGCAAUACAGUUUGCAGAAGGUUUUAAUUUGAAUAUUUGCCUCAAUUUUGAACAAGGAGGGAAACCUCUUUGUGUUACGAUGAAAAAUCCAACAUUUGAAAUGAAUUUUAUGAUAGCAACAAUAAAUCCUUAUAAUGAAAAUCAAAGUAUAGCAACUUCUUCUAUACCUGCAAGAAUAACGGGGGUGAAUAAUGAUAUUGCAAAUGUAACUGCAGACGAUAGGGAAGUGCUUUUAAAUGAAAAUUGGGAUGAUUUUAGUAUGGAAACUAUUGGUGAAGGAAGAAUAGCAAAUAAAAAGUCCAAAAAAUCUUUUCCAUUUAAUGAAUUAUUAGAUACUACAAAGGAAAACAGAAGAAAUUCAAAUGAUGAAAGAAGUUUAAAUGGUUCUUUGAAAAAUUCAGCUGAAAAAGCUCUAUUGAAUACCUUGGAAUCAAACUCAAGGAAAAAAGCCAAAAUUGUUUUUGGAAGAUGUUUUGAAUCAACAUUUUCGAGAGCUCAACUCGGAGAUGUUUUAGUUUCUGAUUCAGAUUCCGAAUAAAAAUUUUCAGAAUCUCAUCAUUUAAUAUCAAGUUUCAACAACUUCGAGUAAAAUCAGAAUAACAUUUGUUUGUAUUAUUGAAUGUAAUACAUUAUUUCUUUAAAAUAUGAGAUUUUUGGGUUCAAAUUAAUUAAUAAUUGUAAGUAAAAUUUUAUUAUUGUUAUACAUUUAUACACAUUUCUUAUAUUGUAUUUGACCAUAAUUUCAGUCCCAGAUGUUGAAUACAUAAGUAUUUGAAAGCUCGGAAAAUAUACUAGUCUACUUUGGUGUUUCAUUGCCACGUGUCCAAUAAGAAACUGCUCAUAUAAAUUUAUUUAAUUUUUUAUUUCUUAGACCUUUUGAUAUUUAAUGCUAGAUGUUCUUGAUUUCAAGUCUCUGUUUUAAAAUAUUUUUAUUAUAUAUUAUAAUAAUUCUUAAGAGAUUCAUGAAAAAUUGACGUUCCGACUGGACUGUUUAUAUAUAUAUAUAUAUACACAACAGCGGUUUCUUAUUGGGAAUGUGGCAAUGAAACACCAAAGUGGACAAACCUUAAUAUAUUUCGAAUACAUAAGUAUUCGAAAGCUCGGAAAAUAUAUUAAAGUUAGUCCACUUUGGUGUUGCAUUGCUAUACUGUUGAAUAAUAUCGCCGCUGUAUUGGUUCGGCCUGAUAUUAGCCGCCUUCGUCGCGGUCGGUAUUUUUGAAAAUGUAAACAAACAGAAUCAGAUCACCCGAAUGUUCCUUAUGAUGAAGACGUAAGUUUGUGUGUCGAAUAUAAACCGGUGGCUUUAAUAACAAUAAAAUACUUUUGUGUUGUAUUCUGAAUUAGUUAUCAUUUGAAACCACAAUCAGUGUCUGUGGUGGUGUUUAUGGAGGAGGAUUCUCUCCCUGAUAAAGGGGUAACAAACAAUAAUAAUGUAAAUGAUGAUAUCGGGCUAUAACAACAAGUUAAUAGCAUAGAAAAAGUUGCAACUCAACUGGUGAAAACAACAACCAGUUGAAAUAAAAUGUAAUUAGUGAUAAACAACAAAAAAGUAAGGUGUUUAAUUUACAAAAACCUAAUCUAUACUCUGAUAUUGUUUAUAAUAUUCUACAUAUAAAACUCAAUAUUCAAAAUAUAAUGUAAAUUGGUAAUUUGAGGGUAAUAAACUACGGUAUACAUAAAUUCAGUAGCAUAAAUGUCUAAAUAUGGAUAUGUAGCAAAGAAGUGCGGUAGUAGUAAAUCAUUGUGGAUAAAUUGUGGUAAAGAGAAUGAUGAUACGCAUGUCUGUCGCGACAGUUUUGUACAUGCAUACAUAAUACAAUAUCCUCGACAAGAGCUGCAUGGCUUGAAAAUAUACAGUUAUGGAAAUACGAGUCCUGUCACAGAGACAGAAUCUUAUACCCAAAUGCUUCAUACCUUUCACAGAAAUCGAUGUUCUCAUUUAGAUUUGGACCUGAAAAACCAGUUACUCGAGAAUAAUCUUAAACAAAGAAAAUUUAGCAGAAAAAGUUUUAGUUGCAAUUCGA